AAUAAAAAAAAAAUGGAAAAACAAAUAACAGACGAAAGAGGGGCUGACCGGCAGACUGGAAACUUCAGAGUUUUGCUUCAAUUCUAUCGCAGCCGAAUCAGAGAAGAGAUUUUGAACACGCUUGAUUUUCUUGCCCCUAUAUCAAAGCUUUUUCUGGCGGAGAAGUGUCGAUUCGAUCUAUCUCAGUUACUUCUCUUGUGCUGCAGGCUUGCCAACACAAGAGAGUUGGGGAAAAAAAAUUAAAGCUGAGCUUUCACCUGAUGGCGAGGAUCAAACCUCAAACAUUGCUACUUCAGAGCAAAAAGAAGAAGGGCCCUACUCGCAUCAGUGUCACUACUAUUAUUACUUGCAACUUAAUUGUCGUGUUGAUUAUGUUGUGCUUAGUUGCUACCUAUAGACAUUGGUCUCACAGGUCCAGGAAUGAACAAGGAGAGUAUGGCUUACCAAAUCACCAGGAUGUGGAUUCGAAGAAAUUUGAUCUUCCUGGUUAUGCUAUUCUAAACACUGCGAAAGGUUCGAUUACAGUGGAGCUUUACAAGGAUCGUUCUCCUGAGAUUGUGGAUAAAUUCCUUGAUUUGUGUCAAAAGGGGCACUUCAAGGGGAUGCCUUUCCAUCAUGUAAUAAAGAACUAUGUGAUUCAAGGGGGAGAAUUUCAGAGACUAGGAGCUGCAGAAUAUUGGACAUCAAAAGGAAAACCUAGCAAUCAAGUUACAAUAAGCUCCAGGCAUGAGGCGUUUAUGCUUGGAACUUCAAAGACUAAACAGGAUAGCAAAGGAUUUGAGCUUUUCAUUACUACUGCACCAAUUCCCGACUUAAAUGAUAAGCUUAUCGUGUUUGGACGGGUGAUCAAAGGGGAGGAUGUUGUUCAGGAAAUUGAAGAGGUAGAUACAGAUGAACACUACCGACCUAAAUCCCCUAUCGGAAUCAUUAAUGUUACUUUGAAGCGGGAGAUUUAAAGUCUUUGCCAUGUGCAAAAUGUUUCUCCAUCGCUGUGAUGCCUGUCUCAGGAAUCUUUUUCCACCAUGCUUGUCAUGGACAACAUGGUGCCUAUUUUUUUUUUCUCUCUCCUGUUGGGGAUAUCAGGCAAAGGUUUAAUAGAAGUUUUUUUUUUUUUUGGUGGGGGGGGGGGGGGGUGUGGAGGGGGUGGUACAAUGAGGUGAAACGAAAAAGUUUGAAAUCUGUUGUUAUUUGUUGUAUCUUGUAACUGUUAUGUCUUUCCCUUUUUGUUAAGGGUUAACUUUCAAUUGUUGGGACAGGGAGCCUUCUACGACACAGGUUGAAACUUGAGAACAGACCUAGAUUUUUGUUCUAUCCUUGAACUGACGGAGCUGUUGUACAUCGAGGUUAUGUUAAGCAUGUUGGAAUGAAUGUGGAAAUUUUCUUUC